AUGGAUAUUGAUUGUCGGAUCUCUGCACGUGCAUUUUCGCAAAGUCAUCGAACUAUUUAUCCCGAUGCUUUUCCAUGUAAAACUUUAUCUGAUGCAGUUAGAUACAUUCUUAGCAAUAAUUCAUUUCAAGGAAGUAAUGCAACCCUAACUGUACAUCAAGAGGAUGUCUUUGAAGUAAUUGAACAAUUAAAAGUAUGCCCAUCAAAGAUGUUUGAAUCCUUACGCACAUACUUUGCAAAAUUCUUUGAUAUUGAUUUAUAUAUUAUUGGUUUUAUUAAUGAAAAAUUUUCUAUAAUUCACGAUGAUAAACAUGAUAAAGCAAAUACGGCUUAUUUACAAUUUAAUAAAGAUCAUACAACUCAUGGACCUUUAUACAUCACAAGUGUUAAUGGUAAUAAUGAGACCGUCUUCUCCAAAGACGCUGGUAUUCAUGUAGAUAUAUGCAUAUAUGUGGUGCAUCUCAAUGAUAUCAAACCAUCAACUGACAUCCUUCAAAUACAAGAGCAACAAGCUGUUCAUUGUAUGGAAGAAUCUAUUGAAAGUUUAUCAAUUGAUAAUACUUUAGAUCCGACAAAUCAAAUAAAUCUUUCUGAUUCUGUUCAAAUAGAUGCUAAAAUUCAAUCUCGCAUUUUACUUGAUCGAAUUUUAUCUCAAAUAUUUAGAUUAAUUGAUGGACUUCCAAUAGAUGCUCAUAUAAUGAAUGAAGUCUGGCAACAAUUUGUUCCAAAUAUUACUCCAUAUAAUCAUUUGUUUGACGAAGAAGCGAUUACUAUUUUAAAACAAUAUGUGAUGUCCUGUUCAAAUCUUAUUCAAAUAGAGGAACAAUCUAUGAAUACUUAUCAAAGUAUUCAAGUUGAUACUCUUCAAUCUACACUUCCUAGUCAUCUAAGCAAUCAAACUAUCGAAAUUAAUUCUAUUCAUUCCAAUAAUAUUCCAAUUAACUUACAAUAUCAAAUGAAUCAAAUUCCAUUUGAUAUUAAAAUUCUGUUAAAUACUUCUGUAUCAAAAACCUACGAUCAACCAACAUUAAUUAAACAAUUAAAAAGUUCAUUUCAUCCUCGAAACUUAAAAGAAUUUGCAAAGACUAAAAGUUCUCCUAUACAGUGUAUUAAUUCCAAACAACGUGAUCCAUUUCAAAUACGAGUUCCUCCUGACGAUGGUAAUUUAUUAUGUCUUGCUAUAGAACUACAUAAUCCCGAUGGACAAAUUCAUCCUUCGAAAGUUAUUGUUCCGAUAAGACAAAGGCAAAGGAUGAAUCAUUAA